UUUGUCAGCAUUACCAUGCAAAAAGUGCUCCUGAGGUACUUGGAGCACGUGUCACCUGCAGGCCACACAUACAACCUCGAGUCCUACCAUAGUAUGCUCAUCAGGUUUGCACCCAAGUCUGUGGCGUUCACAGGCCCCAUCAUGCAUGCAAGAACCAGAUUGCCUGCUCUGCACCACAACGAAAACUCCGGAAGGGUCCAAGCGGUGACGCGCAAAGGGCAGCCGAAAUUCAAGCGAAGGAUGCAGAGAGGGAAGAUGAGGACCGAUCGUCUCAAGGAAGUAAAAACCCCUCCAACCUACGCGUACGUGGGCCAGCUGCUGUCUGAGGCUGCUGCCUGCUGCAAUGAGUCUUCCCUCAGGGAAGCCUUGGGCAACAGACCCCGGGAUCGGGCCCCCCUCCCCAUGGCAGCUCACUGCCCAAGGCUCCCAAAGAAGCAGCUGGUGGAACAGAGGAUGUCACGUUACAGCAGAGGGACAGCAGGCCCUUUAUGAGGACGCAUCCUCAGAUGAGCUGAAAGGCCGUCAAGAAGGCUGGCAAGGCACAGAAGAAUGUGUGCACCACUGACAAGCAGCAGCACAGGAGGAAGUAGUCUCGGCAUCUACACCUACAAGGGGCUCAAGCUGUUCCACCCAGACACCGACGCGUCAAGCGGGGCCAUGUGGACCAUGAACAGCUUCAUGAACGACGCCUUUGAGCAUAUUGAGGCUGAGGUCUCCUGCCGUGGCCCACUACAAGCGCUCAACCAUCGCGAGCCGCGAGAACCAGAUGGCCGUGCAGCCGCUGCUGCUGGGUGAGCUGGCUAGGCACACCGUGGCCGAGGGCACCAAGGCCGUCACCAGGACCACUUCUCACUCGAAAAUCGGACGUCUUGCGACGGCUUCAGAUGCCCGUGUCUCUUUUUUUCAAUGCAGUACUUGGAAAGGAACAAAAGUUGUGAGUACAAAUUCGAUUUUCUACCAGUUUGUAGUUGCAGCAUGCAUGCAAUGAUAACAGCAUGCCUGCUUCACAGGCAUGCUGCCUAUGUGAGAGAAUAAAGAUUAGUGCAUUUGCUGCCAAUUCCUUGUUUAUCUCGGCAUUUGCUUCAGCAUCACCCAAUUUUCUUGCACAUUCCCAAGCUGGCUUAUGGGAGCUAGAUCAUGAUCACGUGCAGCCUUUUGGCAGAUCCCAGCUGCUAUGGAGCACGUCUCCCAUGAGGCGGACACAAUGCGGUUAUCACAGUGGAGUUUCUGCUUGCCUGUGGAUUGUUUAUUUAGCAUAACAGUAUAACCUGCAAAAUAAAUGGAUGGUUCAAAUUGUGGACUGCACAAAGGUCUUGGGCCACAUGUAGGGAUUUUCAUCAGUGUUGCGGAAUGAGCACCCCCUUUUCAUUCCAAAUACAUUCCACAGAAUUGAAUUUUCCAAUAAUUUUAUAUCUUUGAACUCCUAAGAAGGGAAACACUGGGUUUCGAAAUGUUGCUCACAAGCAAUGUUUUGAAAAAAAAUGACAAAAAAGGUAACUCUUUUUUCUAAGACAAGAUUUCUCUUAUUUUGUGUGUGCUAAACCAUGUCAGGGUUUCUAGGUCUCCACUAUUUCCAGUAAUCUUUUGGGUGUCAAAGGGGUUAAGUUGCCGGCAAAUAAUGUCAGUAAAAAGCUGACGUUAUAAAAGGCAUAGACAACUGCAAAAAUAUGCAAAAAAAAAAUAAAGUUCCGAAGGCACUAUUAGGCGGUAGUUGCACAUGGCACUGAUGGCAAUGCGUCGAAAAACUGAGGGAAACGAGAGCACGUCGCAACAUGGACCGAUCCUUCGAAUGAUUAGUGGGUAGACCGUUGUCUCCGCACUGCAGUUAAACACGCUCGAAUGCGAGGACCUAACGCCAGAUGCCGGCGUUCUAGCGCGUUUGUUCAGUGCAGUGGAGACAAAAACAGCUAGCUAUACACUAACACGCAUCCCUGAUGUCAUGCUGCUGUAGUGGCGUUGCUACUGGCAGGGCGCAUGCACAAAUGCUCCACUUCAUGCAAACCUAGUUUCUGUGCAUUUGCCCGCACUUUGUGUGGGCUUGUUUGUAGACAGUGCGUUGGCCUAUACGUCUACCCACUAAUUAUUCGAACCAGAGCUCAGCAUUCUGACAUCCCCGUGCUCUCGUCUCUUCCUCUCCAUUAGUUUCUUGGCGCAUUGGUAUAAUAGUACAGCAAAAAGCCUUAACAGACAGAAAAACUUCAAACCACCCAUUUUCUUCAGAAAAGGAUGUUAUAUAUAAACCACUUCUAGGAGAUAUAUGGCAAAUGAGGAGUCGUGCGUCAAAGAAACACGGGAACUGUGGCAUUGUUCAUACCUGGUGCUCUAUUUGCACAUGGUCACAAGUCACAUUGCUGAGUCUCAUGGCACCACGAAUGAGACCUUGUCUGCUUACAACCCUAGUUUUAAUUGCUUCAGUGGGGUGCGAUUUUCAACCUUGGAAGGAACGCGAGCCGGUCAGAUAACUAAGCCGUCAGUUACCUAGAGUGCAAUGAUGCCGUCUCAAAAGUCCCUUUGACCGCAUCGACACAGCUUGCAUAAGAACACAUUUCAUCCUUGCUCCAUUCUUGGCAAGAUGCAACCAAUUCCUUUCUAAUUUUUCUCAGUGCUGCCGCCAAUCCACUCUAUUCCGGAGUCACAGAAUGAUUGUGGAAUCAUUCAGACUUCGGAGUGGCAACUCCGCAACACUGUUUUCAUGGUAUAGGUGUUCGCCACCUAUAGGCACAGUGCAUUUAUCCACUAAUUACUAGGCAUGCAGGUACCACAGCAAGUUUUCUGGCAGCAGAGCAGUCAAGUGUAAAGUUUGCCACGAAUGUCUUCAUGCCGACAAGAUUGGUGGAGAAACCGGAACUGAGAAGUGAAUAA